GGGCGAGGGGCGGGCCGGGAGCCUGGGCGUUGGAGCGCGGUCACAGUCACGCCGCGGGACGGACUCACGGACGAUCGCUCAGCCGGACCUUUCAGGGACAUGGGGGAGCACGUCACUCGUAGCUGCUGCCUAGGCUGGGACUUCAGCACGCAGCAGGUGAAAGUUGUUGCUAUUGAUGCAGAGCUGAAUGUCUUUUAUGAGGACAGUGUGCAUUUUGACAGAGACCUUCCAGAAUUUGGGACUCAGGGUGGUGUUCAUGUGCACAAGGACAGGCUGACAGUCACCUCUCCAGUCCUGAUGUGGAUCCAGGCUCUGGACAUCAUUUUGGAGAAGAUGAAGGCUUCGGGUUUUGACUUCUCUCAAGUCCUAGCCUUGUCUGGGGCAGGCCAGCAACAUGGAAGCAUAUACUGGAAGACUGGGGCCAGCUUGACACUGACGGCACUGUCACCAGACCUCCCAUUACACCAGCAGCUGAAGACUUGCUUCUCCAUCAGCGACUGCCCAGUGUGGAUGGACUCCAGCACCACAGCCCAGUGCCGCCAGCUAGAGGCCGCCGUGGGUGGGGCCCAGUCUCUCAGCUGCCUCACAGGGUCCCGCGCCUAUGAGCGUUUUACAGGAAACCAAAUUGCAAAGAUAUACCAGCAGAACCCUGAGGCCUACUCACGCACAGAGAGAAUUUCUUUGGUCAGUAGCUUUGCUGCUUCCCUAUUCCUUGGUUCUUACUCCCCCAUUGACUACAGUGAUGGUUCUGGAAUGAAUCUGUUACAGAUCCAAGACAAAGUCUGGUCCCAGACUUGCCUUGGUGCCUGUGCCCCUCAUUUAGAGGAGAAGCUCGGAGCACCGGUACCAUCAUGCUCAGUUGUGGGAGCCAUUUCUUCCUACUAUGUCCAGCGCUAUGGAUUUCCUCCAGGAUGCAAAGUAGUGGCCUUCACUGGUGACAAUCCAGCGUCACUGGCAGGCAUGAGGCUGGAGGAAGGUGACAUUGCGGUCAGUCUGGGCACCAGCGACACCCUAUUUCUCUGGCUCCAGGAGCCCACACCUGCCCUAGAAGGCCACAUCUUCUGCAAUCCAGUUGACCCUCAGCACUACAUGGCACUCUUGUGCUUUAAAAAUGGCUCCCUCAUGAGAGAGAAGAUCCGCAAUGAAUGUGCUUCCUGUUCCUGGAGUGAGUUCUCUAAGGCACUGCAGUCCACAGAGAUGGGGAACGGCGGAAACCUGGGUUUUUAUUUUGAUGUAAUGGAGAUCACCCCUGAAAUUAUUGGGCGUCAUAGGUUUAAUGCAGAAAACCAUGAGGUCCCAGCAUUCCCCAGAGAUGUGGAGAUUCGAGCACUGAUCGAAGGACAAUUCAUGGCCAAGAGGAUUCAUGCAGAAGGCCUGGGCUACCGAGUCAUGCCCAAGACAAAGAUUCUGGCCACAGGAGGGGCAUCUCACAAUAGAGACAUCUUACAGGUGCUUGCAGAUGUAUUUGGCACCCCGGUGUAUGUCAUAGACACUGCCAACUCAGCCUGUGUGGGCUCUGCAUACCGAGCUUUUCAUGGUGGAAAAGACGUGCCCUUUUCAGAGGUCGUGAAGUUAGCCCCAAAUCCAAGACUAGCUGCUACUCCAAGCCCAGUAGCUUCUCAGGUCUACGAGGCCCUUCUCCCCCGGUAUGCUAAACUUGAACAGAGAGUCUUGUUCCGGACCCAAAGGCCUCUGGAAUGAAUUCUGCAGGCCCAGGCACCCCUGCCACCCCUGCCUGCCCAGAUUCACUGAUCCCACUUGGAAACACAGCCCUGAACAACAGGGACUGUCUUCCCUGUUCUGAGCCGCUCUUCCUGCUCAUGUUGACUCCUCAGAGUGCUCCUGCCCAUCCAGGAUCAUCCUGAAGCUGACUUCAGCACAUCUUCCUGAAGAUAUUUGGGCUAAUAGUGCCCUACGCCCUAGGUCGAGAGAGCAUUUCUCCUUUCCUGUCUUUCACUCAAGGAUGCAGGAUAACACCGACUCUGGAAUAUAUCCACUAAAAAUUGUGAUCUUUCUAUUUUCAAAGGCAGAAUGAAAGCUGAUCUUGGGACCUUAAUCAGCAGAAUGGGAGAAACAAUGCCUUCUCCCUCGCCUACCCCGGCCCUGACUAUGCUCACGAAGCACAGAUGCCCCACCCCAUACCUUGACCCUGCUGUUCAUCAUCUCCCAUCACCCAGAGCCCACAGACACUUCUCUCCUAUACCCUGGCCCUCCCAGCUGUUUCUGCCCUGUUCAUUUCACCCUCCCAGGUGCCUUCCCAGGACUUCUCCUGUCUCACACCCUCCUUCCUUCAUAUGCUCACCCUUCUCUGCAUACAGCACUUGUCCCUCCCUUAUGGGUCACCCAGUUUCUCCCCACAUCCACCUGGUGUAAUUCACCAUUUCCCACCUGAAAAGAACUAAUAGUCCUGGUAGACACACUUCUCAUGCCUUCCCUCAGUUCUGCCCAGAGUCUACUAGACUCUGGGUCUAGUUGGGCCAUCUCCCAGGUGGUGGAUUUUAGGGCUCUCUUCUCUUUCUCAUUGCAGUUCAGUUUUUGAAGAUAUUUUAUCAUGUUUCUGGGAGAAUUUUCCAAAUUCUUGAUUUCUUUUUUUUUUUAAAUUUUUUUUUUAAUUUUUAUUGUUGGUUGUUCAAAACAUUACAUAGUUCUUGAUAUAUCAUAUUUCACACUUUGAUUCAAGUGGGUUAUGAACUCCCAUUCAAGUGGGUUAUGAACUCCCAUUCAAGUGGGUUAUGAACUCCCAUUGAUUUCUUUUUUAUUUGGAGUAUUUUCAUCAGGUAAAGAACUGAUCUCACUUUCAGUUAUCUUUCUAUAUUUUUAUGGAAAUUGGAUUCCUUCUUCCUUCUUCUCCACUACUCCUGUUUUACUUUAAAUCUCUCUAUUUCUGGAUCAAUUAUUUGCAAAAGCUUCCAUAGAAAGUCCUUUGUGAUCUUACUCCUGUUAAAAUCCUCCAGAUUUUUCUUCUGUCACAGACCUUUGCUGAUUCCAGUUAAACCAAAAUACUUGUGGACUCAUCCAGAGUGGCAAGAUGCUGCAGGCAGGUCUGAGACCUGGUGGAUGAAUAAUCCUGGUGGAAACUCAAAAGGGAGGUGCUUAGACUGUGACUAGGACCAGAGUGUCACUUCUAUUAAGAGAUGAAGCCAUGCUGAAAGGGAGUGGUGUCCCUCAGAGGUUGGUGGGUAAAAAGGGGAAAAGGAAGCAAAAAUCAAAAGAUAACAGCAACUCCAAGAUACAGAAGAAAACACAACUCCCUCAUCACCAUCUGGAUAUUGCUUGUUAAAGAAAUUUUACAUCAAUCAAUAGAAAAGGGCUCUCUUGGACCGUGAAACAGAGUGAACUGUAACACAGCUCUCCAACAGAAAAUUUUAAAUCAAUUAAAAAUUCGUGGAUGUGAAAGAAAACCACAAAUCACAAAUUCAAAAACAAAAUGAAAAAGCUUUUCGAACGUGGGAAAGAAUUUUAACAAAAAGAUAAAGUCAUGACAAUAUGGAGACUAAAUUCCAACACAUCCAAAUGAAAGUAGAUAACCGCUGUAGUACAGUAAGGCUCAAAGAAGGCAGGAAUGCGAAGAAGAUAGGCAAAGAAGAGACAGCAUGGGUAAAUUGGAGCUCCUGAAGGAAAAAAAAGAAAAGAAAAAGAAAUUGAAAUGGUGUUAAUAUUUAGAAUUUCCCAAAAGAAACUUCUGAACACUCUGAGCAAGUGCUCCAUGACUGAGCUACCUCUUACCCCUGAAACUAGAUCUUGAAAAGAUCACUCUUGUCACUUGUAGAAAUUGGCCCCAAAAGAUCAACUCUGAGACCUACUGCAGCAAACUAUUACAUUAUGAAGCUAAAAGAAAAAUUCUCCAGGCCAAAGAUCUAGUCCCUUACAGAGGAAGAUCAGGUUGGUGUUAGACUUCUAAACAAAGCAAAAUAGCAAUUGAGUGACAAUUUCAAAAAGUUUUUUUUUUUUAAAUAUGAACUAUGGAUUUUUAUAUCCAGUUAAGCUGUCCUUUAAAAUCCAAAGACGUAGCAGGAAGUUUUAAUUAUGCAAGAGCUCAGGGAAUAUUAUAACUUUUACAGAAAGAGAAGGUUCAUCCAACUAGGAAAUGAUUGGGGAAACUUGAGCAAAAGUACAUCUUUAGUUGUAGAUCUGACCUCCAAAUGCAAGCGGGGUUAAGGGUGAAAGAAUAAUUUCAAAUGGUACAUGCUUUGACAGAGGUAGACAACUAGAAAAGUGGAAAAGAAGGGAGAGGGAAAAAGGAAAGUAUAAGAGUUCUUCAUGACAUAAGCAAUAUGUAGGAGUCAAACAUUAUUUAAAAUUGACAAACCAAAGGUUUGAGGUUUAAGUAAGGAGAAAGGGGAAUUAAGAGCAUUAAAGUAUACUAUACUAUUGAAGGCAAUAGUAUAGUAUAAACAAUAUCAUCACUAGAAUAAAAAUGCAAAUCUCCCUCAAUACCCAGAGACAAUAAGUAAGUGGAAAAUGUAGUGAAUAUAGCAUCAUUCACAUAGUAAAUAAUAAAUCCAAGCAUGUGAACCCCAUCAAUAAAUGUAUGUGGACUUCAUCCACCUAUUGAAAAGAAUUUCAGAUUGACUUACAAACCAGCAUGUCUGUUAUUUACAAGAGGCAAACCUAAAUAAGUGAUUCAGAAAGGCUAAAAAGUAAAAGGAUAGGCAAUAGCAUACCAGACAAAUAGGAACCACAGAAGGCAAGGUUUACAAUUCAUUUCUUUUUUUUUUAAUUGUUUUUAAUUAGUUACACAUGACAGUACAAUGAUCUUGACAUAUCGUACAUUUGAAUCAGAUGGGAUAUAAUUUCUCAUACAAUUCAUUUCUAACAGGGUAAAAUUCAGGAAAAGAAGAGCAUUAUGAUAUUCAAUGCGAAAUAAAGAUACACUAAUUAUGAAUGUUAUAGUCUGAACUGCUCGGCUUGUGAACUUUGAAUGAUAUUCUUCAACUCCCACCUAUUGCCUGUGUAACAAAGAGUUCUUUGUACUUUUCUUUCCCUUUCGUUUUUCAUUAUUCUAGUUGUGUUGCUUCUGGCUUGUCAAAGCAUAUGACAUUUGUACGACAAACUGCAAAGAAAAAUAGCUAGAAGUAAUAAAGAAAUUUAACACAGCACUCUUAUUCAAGACUGAAGUCGAGGCAACAAGAACUACAUAGGAUAUUAGAGAUCUAAAUAACAGUUUCUAUAAAGUAGAUCUUUUGAAUAUAUAUUGAGUUUCACACCUUGGUAAUAUUAUCUAUUCUGACAAAAUUGAUAAUUUAUUAUACUAUAAAGAAAACCCCAGCAACUUGCACAAAAUAGUAAUAGAAACUUUAACCACAAUGCAAUGAAAUGAGAAAUUAAUAGAACACUUUUUAAAAAAAAGUCUUACCUGGAGAAAAGCUUCCCGUUAAACUACUCUUGGGGAAAAAAAAAAAAAGAAGCUAAAUCAAAAUUUCAGAACUUCUCAGAAAAAUGAUUAAUAAUGAAAUUGAUGUUAUGUAAUUAAAGCAGCAAAUGAAAUAUAGCUUAUAAUAUUGGAAUACUGAUAAAAAUGAAAAGUGAAAUGAAUUGAUAUCCAACUCAAAAGGGAAAAGAAGAAUAACCAAGUGAAAAAGGAAAAAAUAAGGAUGAGAACACACAGGUUAGGAAAAUGAACAAAAAAUAGGAUAAAUGAAUAGAAAUUUGAUAAUAAACAUGGACAAACCAUUAUGUAAUGUAAGGGGAGAAUGCAGAAAUACAUGGAAAAAAAUAGUGAAAAAAAAUUUAAUCUUAAAGAUUAUUUUUCACAAUUGGAUGGAAUUAAAUAUGACAACUUAAAUUAAAUGGAUAAUGAUCUAGGAAAAUACAAUAUACUAAAGUGAUUCCAAUAGAUAGGAAGUUUAAAUAGACUAAUUUUCUUAAAGGAAAUAGAAACAAUUAUCAAAGAACUACCCUGUAAAAAAGAGGUUAAAUGGGGAAUUCUGCCAAAUCUUCACUGAUCAAAACACUAUAAAAAAAAAGAAAAAAAAACCUCCUGAUUAUUUUAGGAAGCAAACAUAACUUGAUCCUGUAUGGAAGGUUGCAGAAAACAGCCCAAAUCUUUACAUGUCCCUGUAACCUCAUAACCUGCCAUGGAAUUCUGUUGUGCCAUCCCUGUGUGAUUCUGGGCCAUAAAUGUGACUUGCUUUAGCAAUGGAAUUGUCAUAAAUGUGAUGCAAAAUGGGA